ACCUAUAUAACAAGAUGAAGUACUUUCCAGUAGUUCUGGCACUGCUAGUAUCCCUAGCAUCUGCAGCAACUCUCAAGAACUCUCAAGGCUCAGAUGAAAUAUCAAUUCCAGUAUUUGUUCAAACACUCAACCAGCUUCAGCGUGGGCCACCAUUGCCGCCAAGCACCAAGCGUGCAAAUGUGGAGACUCGAUGGUUCAACCAGAGCCUGGACAACUUUGACGACACUAAUAAGGACGUGUGGGACCAAGUGAGCGCCAUCACAUCAGGACUGUGGGUUGACAUCGCAAAGGAGCACAAUGGGUCACUGGUCUACACUGAACAUCGAUUCUUCGGCGAGAGCAUUCCAAUUACGCCCCUGUCAACCAAAAACCUUAAGUACCAAAGCGUGGAGCAAGCUUUGGCCGAUGUGGUGAAUGUUAUCAAGGUGCUCAAAGAAGAGGACAAGUACAAGGAUUCUAAGGUUGUUAUUUCAGGCUGCUCCUACUCUGCAUCCAUGGCAGUUUGGUUUAAGCUAUUGUACCCCGACGUAAUCGUCGGCAGUUGGGCCUCAAGUGCUCCGCUAGAUGCGAUAGUGGAUUUUUCAGAUUUCAUGGAAGUUGUUGGCAGAGCCUACAGGCAGCUGGGAGGAGACUAUUGCUACGACCUCAUCGAUAAUGCGACAUCUUACUAUGAGGAUCUGUUUCAGACUGGUCAGGGAGCUAAGGCCAAGAAACUCCUSAAUUUGUGCGACAGUUUCGACGAGAAUAAUGAAAGGGAUCAGUGGCAAAUAUUUAGCUCGAUUGCAAACAUAUUUGCAGGCAUAGCGCAGUACCAAAAACCAGAAAACUAUGAUUUGGCCCAAUAUUGCUCUGUUCUACGAAGUUUUGAUGAUGAUGAUGCUUCAGCACUAUCUCAGUUCGUACAGUGGCGUCUAGGGAAACCAGAAUGUGUUAAUACUCGAUAUCAGGGAACUGUUGAUUAUUACAAAUGGUCCAAAAAUAACUACGAUGGUUCUGGCCUCGGCUGGUUCUAUCAAACAUGCAGACAAUUUGGUUGGUUCCAAUCCUCUGAAAACAAGAAUCACCCAUUCGGAUCAACUUUCCCGGCAACUCUGUAUACCGAUACGUGUCACGACGUAUUCGGAUCCCAAUACACCUCAGCGAAAAUUGAAGAAUAUAUCCAGGCCACAAAUAAGAAGUAUGGUGGAAAGCAUCCAGCUGUGGAGAAUGUUUAUAUGACUCAUGGUGGUUUGGAUGGAUGGAGCCGCGUUGGCUCUGACUCCGCUACAAUUAUUCCACAAGCCUCGCACUGCUCCGAUUCUGGCUCAAUCAGUCCCACAGACAGUGCAGCAUUGCGAGCAGCCAAGGAACGAUUGAUUGAACUAGUUCGCGAAUGGCUUGCAUAAACUUAGAUGCAUUUAUUAACUUUACUUUAUUUUAUUACAGCAC